AUGUUCCAGUUAAUUGCCUUAAAAAAUGCCUUUUAUCCUCAAGCUGGCAUUGGGAUCUCGGCAAACUCAGUCCUUCUUUCCCUGCACAUUUCAAUGUUCUCCGUGGGCCCCAAGCCCAAGCUUACGGACCUGACCGUCACUCACCUGGCUGUGGUCCACAUAGUGAUGCUUCUCACCAUGGGGCUCCUGCUGUCCAUGGACCUGUGGGGAGCAAGCGACGCUCAGAGCGACAUCUGGUGUAAAGUGAUCGUCUUCCUGAACAAGCUCAUGCGGGGGCUCUCCAUUGCCACCACGGGCCUCCUGAGCACCCUUCAGGCCGUCACCAUCAGCCCCGGUAGCUCCUGGUUGGCGCAGUUCAAAUGUAGAUCCCCACAUUUCCUCCUCUGUUUCUCUCUCUUCAUAUGGGCCCUGACCUCAUGCAUCUGUAGCAACCUGCUCCUCUAUACGGUGGCCGCACCCAAUGAGACCCAGCCUGGACUUCUCUUCCUCACGGACCACUGCUCCUUCUUGCCCAUGAGCUCUGUCCACAGGGCCCUGUUUUUCACCCUGAUGACAUUUAGAGAUGUCUUCUUCAUUGGGCUCAUGGCUGUUUCGAGUGGCUACAUGAUACUCGUCUUGUACAGACAUGCGCGGCGGUCCCAGCAUCUCCACAGCAUGAGCUGUUCUCCAAGGAGCUCCCCAGAGAAGAGGGCCACUAAGACAAUCCUGCUGCUGGUGAGCUGCUUUGUGAUUGGAUACUGUGUGGACAUCAUCAUUUCAGUUUCCACAGGCACGACAUGGACCAAUGACCCCAUCCUGGUGUGCAUCCAGAUACUUGUGUCCCAUGGCUACUGCACGGUCAGUCCUUUGGUGCUAAUUAGGGCUGACAAGCACAUAAUAGAAAUUAUGCAAAACAUAUGGGAAAGGAACAGUAACUGGCUAAGGAAAUUUAUCUAA